AAAAAAUGGCCGGAGACAUCAUCUAUCCCUCACAUUUCAACCCAUUAGAAAUCACUGUUCGUUAUCUGCAAUUGAAUCUCUUGAGAAAACUUCAAACAAACCAUAAUUUUGUGAUCGCAAAAUGGAGAAGGUAUCGAAAACAGAGUGGGAAGAACUACUAGGAAGCAAUCAAUGGGAAGGUUUACUCAACCCUCUCGAUUUAAACCUUCGGAAACUUAUUCUCCGGUGCGGCGAUUUCUGUCAAGGGACAUACGAUUCAUUUGACAGCGAUCAGAACUCGAAAUACUGCGGUAGUAGUCGUUUCGGUAAAAAAGCAUUUUUCAGAAAAGUUGCUAAUAAAUCAGCAGAAGACGAAUACACUGUGGAUUCAUUUCUAUAUGCAACUUCAAGAAUUGCAGUCCCCAAAGCUUUUUUAAGUUUUUCGUUUUCGGAGGAAGCUUGGAGCCGCGAAUCGAAUUGGAUUGGUUACAUUGCAGUCAGCUCGGAUGAGGCAAGUCAACGACUAGGAAGACGGGAAAUAUAUGUAGCCUGGCGUGGAACCAUAAGAAAACUUGAGUGGGUGAAUGUUCUUGUGGCGAAACCCACAUUGCUUAAGCCGCUGUUGAAGCCAGCGGACACCGAAGCUACGUCUCACGGUCAAAAGCACCACUGGUACAACUCCUUGCUCGGGAAAAAGGACAGCAAUGAUUAUGAAAGUGAGGACGACGACGAUGAUAAUCCAAAAGUUAUGAAGGGUUGGCUUGCGAUUUACAACUCGUCUAACCCAAAGUCUCAAUUCACAAAGUUAAGCGCAAGAUCCCAAAUUCUUAUCAAGAUAAACGCACUAGUAAACAGGUACAAAGAUGAAGGUGUAAGCGUGGUGCUCACAGGCCACAGCCUAGGCGCAAGUUUAGCGAUUUUAAGUGCGUUUGAUUUAGUAGAAAAUGGAUUGUCUGAUGUACCCGUCACGGCUAUUGUUUUCGGCUCCCCGCAAGUUGGUAAUAAAGCUUUUAACAAGAGGCUAGGGACGUUUCCUAACCUCCGAAUCUUGCAUGUAAAGAACCAACUUGAUCUUAUAACUCAUUAUCCUAGUAAGUACUUGGGGUAUGUUCAUACAGGGGUAGAACUUGAGAUUGAUACUAGAAAGUCGAAAAGCUUGAAGGACUCCAAGAAUCCAAGUGAUUGGCAUAAUUUACAAGCUAUACUACAUAUAGUUGCAGGCUGGAACGGGAAAGAGGGAGAAUUUGAAUUGAAAGUGAAGAGAAGUAUUGCGUUGGUUAACAAGUACUGCGCCUUUUUGAAGGAUGAGACUUUGGUUCCAGGUAAAUGGUGGGUUGAGAAACACAAAAGAAUGGUGCUUAAUGAAGAUGGAGAUUGGGUUAUGGCUAUUCCGGAUGAAGAGGAUUUGCCUGUACUUGAAGAAUACUAACAAGUCUUCUAGUUGUCAUUUUGGUGGAGAGGCAAAGUAGUUAUUCCCCUCUCUAGUAUCUAUAAAUUUCAUCUCCCAACCUUCCUCCAGUGACUGAGGAAUUCCCAUGAGGCAGGCGGCCGAGGUGACCAUUAUAAAUAUUGCUGCCAUGCCACCCUCCAGUCUUCAUAUGUAGUGGUGGUGCUGCUGCUGCAAAUGUGGUGCUGCCAUGCCACCCUCCAGUCUUCAUAUGUUGUGGUGGUGGUGCUGCGGCGAAUGUGGUGCUUCCAUGCCACCCUCCAGUCUUCAUAUGUUGUGGUGCUGCUGCUGCGGCGAAUGUGGUGCUUCCAUGCCACCCUCCAGUCUUCAUAUGUUGUGGUGGUGCUGCUGCUGCGAAUGUGGUGCUUCCAUGCCACCCUCCAGUCUUCAUAUGUUGUGGUGGUGGUGCUGCUGCGAAUGUGGUGCUUCCAUGCCACCCUCCAGUCUUCAUAUGUGGUGGUACUGCUGCUGCUGUAAUUCCUUCUGGAUUCUUCCCAUUGAGAAGAGGCAUAAUUGGAUUGACCACCUGCUCCAUCCAUUGUGUUAUUUCCUGAAUCAUUCUACCAGGUAGAGGAGGUACUGAUGUAGCUGUUCCCACACUAGUUCUUUGAACGAAGAGAUGGGGGAAUGUAAUAGCAAGGCCGAAAGAAAGGAUGUUAAAGAGCCUCCUGCGCCGUCGGUCUCUUGUUUGGAUCCCACGAACAAAGUGAUUUUACGAGGCUUAUAGCAGCAUCACUAGCGGACGGUAUCAACAUUUUAAGAUCACGAGCACCAGGAACUUGUGGAAAUUGAAAGCCGAUCGAUUUCGCAAUUUGUAGUCCCUCUGCCCAGGGCCGUAGCAAAGUAUUUGGGGGCCCUAGGAGAAAUUAUAGAAACGGGGGCCUAGAUAAGAAAAAUAACUUUUUACUUGUGAUUUCAUAUGAAAGAUUUAAUACUCUAAGAAAAUAAAAUUUUCUACAUAA